AUGUUCAAGCUGUACCUCCAGUUGGCAGAUCAUGUAAAGCUGAUGCGCUUGUGGGCUCCGGAUGCCGAUUGGCUAUGGGGCAAGACCCACCUGCCUGGUAGCUCACACCGGUGGUUUGAGUUGGUGAGCAGUCUGGGCACCAAUCUGGAUGCAUCAGACAUUAUUGUUGAGGACCUAGAGCCUACUAUCAAUGAGAUCAAAGAGCAGCUCCAGGAGGAAGUGUUUAUAGAUGACGCCAACAACGGCGAGCUGGCUGGUGAUGAAGAGGUACAAGAAAUGGUCGGAGAUGCAAACCCAGACCAACCAAACAAUUAG